ACGACGCCGUUUGAUACCGAGGUUUACUACUUUCCUCGACCGAGAAAGGAGCGGAGAGAGACAGAGAGCGGAAGCAGAGUUAUAUCGUCCAUGGCGAGUCGCUCCAUUUUCUCUAACCUCAAAAGCAAUGGAGGCGAUAAGCUUGCGGACGCCAGGUGGGGGCGGCUACUAAGUUCUGUUCCUUCCUGGGUGAAAAAGGCUAGUGUUAGAAGUGCUGCUGCUGCCAGCAAUGAAAGUCUAAAGGGGAGAAUUUUGGGGUUGAGGUCGCCGACGGAAAGUGCAACCGAGGUGCUUCGCAGUUGGGUUGAUUCGGGUCAGAAAGUUGACAUUCCGCAGCUCCUAUCCAUUACCCAAAUUCUCCACAAAUCUAGGCGCUACAAUCAGGCCCUUCAGAUUUUGACAUGGCAAGAAACUCAAAAGGGCUUACAAAUGCCAGCUGUUGCUCAUGCCACUAAAGUGAAGCUACUCAUCAAGGUUGGUAAUUUAACAGCGGCUGAAGAACAUUUCAAUUGUUUACCCAAUACUGCUUCACAGAAAGCAGCUUGCCUCCCUCUUCUCAAUGGUUAUGUAAAAGAAAGUGACAUUGGAAAAGCCGAGGCUUUCAUGAGUAAGCUUGUUUCUAUGGGGCUGACCCUCUGCCCCCAUCUAUACAAUGAAAUGAUGAAACUGUACAUUGCUACAUCUCAGUUUGAAAAAGUACCUCUGGUUAUCAAAGAAAUGAAUCGAAACAAAAUACCCAAAAAUAUUCUAUCAUACAACCUUUGGAUGGAUGCUUCAGCCCGAUCAUCUGGGGUUGCAAAAGCUGAAGCCGUCUAUGCUGAAAUGCUGAGUGAUGAGAGGGUCUGUAUGGGUUGGAGCACUCUAUCGACUUUAGCUAAUAUUUAUACCAAAGCAGGUCUGGUUCAGAAAGCAGAAACUGCCCUCAAAACUGCAGAAACAAAGCUGUCUGCAAGUAAUAGCUUUGGUUAUAUCUUCCUCAUGACUCAAUAUGCAUUGUUGAAGAAAAAGACCGAGGUUCUUCGGCUUUGGCAAACCAGUAAGUUAAUAGGUAAGAGAAUGACUUGUGCCAACUAUAUGUGCAUAUUAUCAUGCUUGGUUCGGCUCGGUGGUAUUGUAGAAGCGGAGAAAGUGUUUAUGGAGUGGGAGUACAACUGUCGAAAUUAUGAUAUCAGGGUCUCCAAUGUGCUUUUAGGUGCAUACGUGAAGAAUGGAUGGAUGGAGAAAGCUGAGUCACUGCAUCGCCACACAUUGGAGAAAGGAGGGUGUCCUAAUUACAAGACAUGGGAAAUUCUGAUGGAAGGGUGGGUGAAAAGCCAGGACAUGGUGAAGGCCGUCACUGCUAUGAAGAAAGGGUUCGCUUUGUUAAAAUAUUGUCAUUGGAGACCGCCCCAUUAUACUCUCGUGACCAUUGCUGAGUACUUCGAGAAGCAUGGGAAUUCGGACGAUGCAAACAACUUUUUUAGAGAUGUUCAGCGUUUGGGUCUUGCAAGUUCAGAAAUAUAUAAAUCAUGGUUUAGAAACCACCUUUUGGCUAAGACACCAGCGUUUGACAUCCUUGAAAUGAUGUAUAAGGAUGGAAUUGAGAUGGAUAAUGAGAUUUCUGCCCUUGUUCAAGCUCUCAACGAGCAAAGUAAAAGUGACUCCAGAGAUUAGAGGCAAUGUCUUUCAGAUGUUCUUGGGAUGAAAUAGAUUCUAUUGUAGAGGAAAGAAGAUGGCUGAUGUCAAGGGUUAAAAACAACUCGAAGUAUCAGUAUUCCUGAUGAUAUCAAACCCUAUGGACUUAAAACAGAGAAAUAGCGCACGAGCGCCUGCAUAGGUCUCUAGAUGAAUGCCACUAGGACGUUAUCCCCCAUUAAAAUCAUGAUAGCAGCCUUAAUAUUGUAAGCUAACUACCAUGUGUGGGCAUUGUUUUUGUUGAACUGCUUCUUCCUAAGUUGUUUUUAACAGGAAGGUAUAAUGUUUCAUUGCUAGUAAAAUUGGAAUUUAUCGGUUAUCACAAUCGAGAUCUACAAAAUUUGCCGGAUUCUGGUCUAAA